AUGAGCUGCCAGGACAAGUGGGUCACACUGACCCCGGCUGAGUUUGCCUUGCUACAAGAAUACACUCAGUACUCGACCAAGAAGCUGAAGGAUGUGCUGCAGGAGUUCCAUGGAGAUGGUGUGUUGGCUAAAUACAAUCCAGAGGAGAAGCAGGAAAUCCUCUGUCAGGAGAUCGACUUUGAGGGUUUUAAGGUCUUCAUGCAGACGUUCCUGGAGAGCGAGCUGCCCGAGGACUUCUGUCAACACCUCUUCAUGUCGUUUAGCAACAAGGGAACCAGACCCACUCCCUCAUGUUCUGACAAACCCAAAGUCCCUGGUAAGUGGUUGAAGCUGAUCAAAGGGAGCUCCACCCCCCUGAAGAUGGCCGCUCUGCCGCAGCCUCUGGAGGCGGUGCAGCUCAAGGACAUCGUGUGUUACCUGUCGUUGCUGGAGGGAGGACGUCCCGAGGACAAGCUGGAGUUCAUGUUCCGUCUCUACGACACCGAUGGAAACGGGUCCUUAGACAGCUCGGAGCUGGAGCACAUUAUCUCCCAGAUGAUGCACGUGGCAGAGUACCUGGAGUGGGACGUGACCGAGCUGAAACCAAUCCUCCAGGAGAUGAUGCAGGAGAUCGACUACGACCACGACGGCACCGUGUCACUGGAGGAGUGGAUCCAGGGCGGGAUGACCACCAUCCCUCUGCUGGUGCUGCUGGGCCUGGAGACGAACGUCAAAGACGACGGUCAACACGUGUGGAGACUGAAGCAUUUCAACAAACCAGCGUACUGCAACCUGUGUCUCAACAUGCUGAUCGGCCUGGGGAAGCAGGGACUCUGCUGCUCCUUCUGCAAGUACACGGUUCACGAGCGCUGCGUGGCUCGAGCUCCGCCCUCCUGCAUCAAGACCUACGUCAAGUCCAAGAAGAACACGGAGGUGAUGCAUCAUUUCUGGGUGGAGGGGAACUGCCCCACCAAGUGCGACAAGUGUCACAAAACCAUUAAGUGUUACCAGGGCCUGACUGGGCUCCACUGUGUGUGGUGUCAAAUCUCGCUCCAUAACAAGUGUGCCUCCCACGUGAAGCCUGAGUGUGACUGCGGCCCCCUGAAGGAUCACAUCCUGCCCCCCAGCUCCAUCUGCCCCGUGGUUCUGGAGCGACAGACCACGCUGAGGAAAGACUCCAGGUGCAGUCAGUCGAGUCGAGGGAAGAUGCAGAGAGCGAACUCGGUCACAGUGGACGGACAAGGGCUGCAGAUCACAACAAUAGAGGGCACUCAUCCUCUGCUGGUGUUUGUCAAUCCGAAGAGCGGGGGGAAGCAGGGAGAGAGGAUUUACAGAAAGUUCCAGUAUCUUCUGAACCCGAGACAAGUUUACAACCUGGCGAAGAACGGACCCAUGCCGGGGUUGAACUUCUUCAGAGACGUUCCUGAUUUCCGGGUGUUGGCCUGCGGGGGGGACGGCACCGUCGGCUGGAUCCUGGACUUCAUCGAUAAGGCCAACCUGGACAGGAACCCCCCCGUGUGUAUACUUCCUCUUGGCACCGGCAACGAUCUGGCAAGAUGUCUGCGCUGGGGAGGAGGGUACGAGGGCGAGAGCCUCCUGAAGAUCCUGCGGGACAUCGAGAGCAGCACGGAGCUGAGGCUGGACCGCUGGAAGAUCGACGUCACGCCCACGGACAAAGAGGAGCGAGGGGACCUGGUGCCUUACAGCAUCAUCAACAACUACUUCUCCAUCGGAGUGGAUGCCUCCAUUGCACAUCGCUUCCACGUCAUGAGGGAGAAACAUCCCGAGAAGUUCAACAGCAGAACAAAGAACAAGCUGUGGUACUUUGAGUUCGGCACUUCGGAGACCUUCUCGGCCACGUGUAAGAAGCUCCACGACUUUCUGGAGGUGGAGUGUGACGGUGUAACUCUGGACCUCACCAGCAUCUCCCUGGAAGGCAUCGCCAUUCUCAACAUUCCCAGCAUGCACGGCGGGUCCAACCUGUGGGGCGAGAGCAAGAAGAGACGGGGACACCGAAGGGGCGCGAAGAAGGGCCAGGACAAGAGGACGCCGCUGGUCGACCCCAAAGAGCUCAUGUUUGCAGUUCAAGACCUGUCUGACCAGUUGCUGGAGGUGGUGGGUCUGGAAGGAGCCAUGGAGAUGGGUCAGAUCUACACGGGCCUGAAGAGCGCAGGCCGGCGUCUGGCCCAGUGCUCCUCCGUGACCAUCAGAACCAGUAAAUCUCUCCCGAUGCAGAUUGAUGGGGAGCCCUGGAUGCAGACUCCCUGCACAAUUGAGAUCGUCCACAAGAACCAGGCCCCCAUGCUGAUCGGGGCGCCACAGGGCCGGAGCUUCUUCUCCUCCGUCAUCAGGAGGACGCACGCCGAGAGCAAAGACUGA